AUGUACCUUCGUUAUCCCCACAGUCUACGUCCCCUGUUUUUCUUUUCAAAACUCACCACCAUGACCCCUCAAACCCUCUUCCACUCUUCUCCAUUCCCAACCUUCAAAAACACUCUUUUUCCUCGAAGACACCGUUUUCCCCCUCAUAGACCCUUCUUCACCGUGUUCUGUUCCAAACCCACUGCAAGGAACCCUCCAUCGCCACUCAGAACUAACGGCUACCACGGGGCCUCUCAUGCCAAUGUCCCUGGACCAGGUGAGGUGCCCUUUUUUGUUGGGGACAGGACAGCCUUAAAUGUGUUUCUAGGUGCUAACUUUUGUGUUAUUGGUUUGGUUUUUGGAAGUUCAAUUCGAGAGCCCCGAGGCGAAGAGUGUGGAGUUGCGGUUCAGUAUUUUGAAGAAGAGGUUGGAGGCUGUUGGGAUGGAAUCUGGAAUAUGUUUGCCGGGGCAGUACAAUCACUUGCUUUGUCCAAAGUUUUGUUAGACAUUGUCCCCAAAUUGCUGUUUCACUUGAUACUUGGGAAAUUUGUGUCUGUUAUUAAUCAUGUUUGUUUCAGUGCCAAGGUGGUGACAAGGCAGAAAGGAGCUUAUCCCUUUACAUUUCACCAGACGGGGGAUCUGCUGCAUGGGUGUGUUUUCGCGGAACGUGUGGGUGGAAAGGCAGCACACAGCAGUUCUGCAGCCAGUAAAGUAACCCCAGUUAAAAAGAAAAGAGAGAUUACAGAGGAGGAAUUACAACUAGAACCACUUUGUGAUGAGGUUGAAGGUGAAAUGGACAAGCUGGCAAUGGAAGAAGCUGGCUUCUUCAAUUGUGUCAGUGUUCCUGAUGGGGCACCUCCAUCAGUAUCCUCAAAGGACUUGCCUUCUCCAGAAGAGGACAAAAAGUAUCAGUAUCUCUGGAACUGUAAAGAUGAACUAAAAAAGGCAACCCGGGUUAUACUUGCCACUGAUGGGGAUCCACCUGGUCAAGCUUUGGCUGAGGAGCUUGCACGCCGCAUUGGGAAAGAAAAAUGCUGGCGAGUCAGGUGGCCUAAAAAGGGGAAAUUAGACAAUUGCAAAGAUGCAAAUGAGGUUAGAUACAAUUUGCAUGCUCAAGUUCCCCUACGCCUCAACCUUACGACAUAUUCACAGGUUCUCAUGUAUUUGGGCCCCGAUGCACUCAAGGAAGUGAUUGAGAAUGCAGAAUUAUAUCCAAUUCGUGGAUUGUUUAACUUCAGAGAUUACUUUGAUGAGAUUGAUGCAUAUUACCAUCGAACCUUAGAAUAUGAAAUUGGUGUCCCAACUGGGUGGAGUAAUCUGAAUGACUUGUACAACGUUGUACCAGGAGAACUGACCAUAGUAACUGGAGUUCCUAAUUCGGGGAAGAGUGAGUGGAUUGAUGCUCUUCUUUGCAAUCUUAAUGAAAUUGCCGGCUGGAAAUUUGCACUGUGUUCUAUGGAGAACAAGGUUAGAGAACAUGCUCGAAAACUCUUGGAGAAACACUUGAAGAAGCCAUUCUUUAAUGAACGUUAUGGUCAAAAUGUUGAACGGAUGGGUGUGGAGGAAUUUGAACAGGGCAAGCUCUGGUUAAGUGACACUUUUUCUCUCAUUAGGUGUGAAGAUGACUCCCUUCCAAAUAUAAGGUGGGUCCUUGACCUUGCCAAAGCUGCUGUAUUAAGGCACGGGGUGCGCGGACUUGUAAUUGAUCCUUACAAUGAGCUCGAUCAUCAACGACCUUCAAACCAAACUGAAACAGAAUAUGUGAGUCAGAUGCUUACCUUAAUCAAACGUUUUGCCCAACAUCAUGGAUGCCAUGUUUGGUUUGUAGCACAUCCUAGGCAGCUGCAUAAUUGGGUUGGGGGUCCUCCUAAUCUCUAUGAUAUAAGUGGAAGUGCACACUUCAUAAAUAAGUGUGACAAUGGAAUUGUUAUUCACCGAAAUCGGGAUCCUGAAGCUGGGCCUAUGGACCAAGUACAGGUAUGUGUUCGAAAGGUACGGAACAAGGUGGCAGGCACAAUAGGUGAAGCCAUAUUGUGGUAUAAUAGGACAACUGGUGAGUAUACACCAUUAGAUAACAAGAGAUCAAUUGAUAGAAGGAACUAG